CUGUGUUUCCUCUGUCGCCGCUAGAGAGCAGUGAGUCGCGGCGCUUGAUGGUGCUGCUGAAGUUUUCAAGAUGUCGUCGCUGGAGCAGAGACUCUCCCGAAUCGAGGAGAAACUCAAGCAGGAAAAUAAAGAAGCCCGCAAACGAAUCGACCUGAACAUCGACAUGAGCCCGCAGCGGUCGCGUCCGAGGCCAAUCAUCGUGAUCCAGCUCAGUCCAGCUCCAGCUCCCUCCCAGCGCGCAGCUUUACAGUUACCAUUGGCCAACGAUGGAGGAAGUCGCUCAUCCUCUUCAGAAAGUUCUCCUCAACACCCCUCGUACCCUAGCAGACCCCGACAAAUGCUCACGCUUCCCACGCCACCCUACAGCCUACAGAAGAGCCUGGAGAAUGCUGAAAUCGAUCAAAAGCUUCAGGAAAUCAUGAAACAAACCGGAUAUCUGAAGAUUGAUGGACAGCGUUACCCUGCAGAGGUGACGGAUCUGAUCAGUGAGGGGGAGAUCGGCAGUGGAACCUGUGGACAGGUGUUUAAAGUUCGCUUUAAGAAGACUGGCCAUGUCAUUGCUGUCAAGCAAAUGAGGAGGACAGGUAAUAAAGACGAGAAUAAGAGAAUCCUCAUGGAUCUUGACGUUGUGUUGAAGAGUCAUGACUGUCCGUACAUCAUUCAGUGCUAUGGAGCAAUAGUCACCAAUACGGAUGUGUUCAUCGCCAUGGAACUAAUGGGGACGUGUGCAGAGAAGCUGAAGAAGAGGAUCCAGGGUCCCAUACCAGAGGCCAUUCUGGGAAAGAUGACUGUGGCUAUUGUGAAGGCUCUGCUUUAUCUGAAAGAGAAACACGGAGUCAUUCACCGAGACGUGAAGCCAUCUAAUAUCUUGUUGGAUGCCAAAGGGCAGAUCAAAUUGUGUGAUUUUGGCAUCAGUGGCCGACUGGUGGAUUCUAAGGCCAAGACUCGCAGCGCCGGAUGUGCUGCUUACAUGGCGCCUGAGAGAAUAGACCCUCCAGACCCCAGUAAGCCAGACUAUGACAUCAGAGCUGACGUCUGGAGUCUUGGCAUUUCUCUGGUGGAGCUAGCAACAGGACAGUUUCCUUACAAGAACUGCAAAACAGACUUUGAGGUUCUCACCAAAGUUCUGCAAGAGGACCCGCCGGUCCUUCCUCUCAGCAUGGGCUUUUCCCCUGACUUUCAGUCCUUCGUCAAAGACUGCCUCACAAAGGAUCACAGAAAAAGGCCAAAAUACCACAAGCUGCUUGAACACAGUUUUAUCCGUCGUUACGAGGUGUCAGAGGUAGACGUGGCGGGCUGGUUCCAGACGGUGAUGGAGCGCACAGAGUCUCCUCGCAGCAGCCAGUGCUUCAGUCAUCACCAGCUCCACUCUCUCUUCAGCAGGUAGCCAGGUGGAGAACGGCAGAAAUGGGAGAGAAAGAAUGACGCAAUGUUGAGAAGUUGAUGUAGAGACACAGAUGGACAGGUUUGAAAUGUAAAGUACGUUAACGAAAAAGACAGGAUGGAGUGGAAAUGGACCGAUUGAGAGGGGAGAAGUGGCAGAAACAAAAGAUAGAAUGUUCAUUUUGGAGUUUGACUGAUCGACAGACAAUCCUGGGCAGGUUUGAUGUAAAUCUGAAAUAUUUUUGUCCUCCUCAUCCACCCAUCGAACAGGAUGGACCAUUACAGGUUGCAGUCUAACACACUCACUGUGACACGCACGCACACGCACAUUUGCAGUAACACUGUUUCACCAAACCGCCAUAUAAGUAUGCGUACAAUCCAUUUAGUUCACUUCAAAAUCCAAAUCUGCACGUCAUGAGGUCCUCCGUAGCCCCUUACUCAGGGACUGAACAGAGUAGUCGAACAACACUGUGCAAUGGUGUGUGUGUGAGUGUGUGUUAUCCAUUUAUCAGUCCUAGUUCUUCACUUUCCUGUACGAUUCAAGUACACCUUCUGUUCACAGCCAUUAAUUGAAUCCAAGCAAAUAGAAACUAGCGAGAUAAUAGCUUUGUGAUAUAUCAUAAAUUAUGUUUUAUAGAAGUGUUUUUUUCUAUGCUAGCAAAAAUCAGCAUAUAUUUCAGUAAUUGUAACACAUACUUAAAGCGUUAGUGAUUCUUAGUGGUAGAAAUUCUAAUCCUUGAUGUUUAGAUUUUUAUAACUAGUUUGGUCUGGAAUUUCAUUUAUGGAAAUAGAUAUAUUGGCUAAGAGAGAAGGUUGUAUAAUAAGAUAAAACUAGUGGUUGACCGAUAAGGGUGUUUUUAAAGGUGAAGUGUAUAAUUUUCUCGAUGCUACAAUGCUUCAUAUUCCAAUUUAAUAUGCUAAAACAACUAUAAAUGAGCAAUCUGUUCGUUUGAGCAGCCUUACCCAACAACAUUGGUUCGACGAAUGGUGCGAAUUUGGGGCAGGACUAUCUGUUUUAUCUAACCAAUGGCAGAUGGGAGGACUUUGCAGAAAAAUUUUAUUAUACCAUUUAUAAAUAACGUCAUUAUUUGUGCAAUUCCAUUAAUGCUAGUCAUGCAGAAAUUACACACUUCACUUUCACUGGCGAUGCUGAUAUCUAGAAAGACUUCACAAAAUGGCCAAAUUUUGCACUAUGUAUCGGUCUAUCACUAGAUAAAACACAAAAAAAUUAGCCCAGAAUUUGUAAAGUCAUACAGAAUGCCAACCUCAGGAAGACAAGUGUUAGAAAUAGGGAUUUUAACAGGAUUUAGCAAUGUUUUUCAGUCUUGAAACCACAAUCAGAGUCACCAAAAGCAAACAUGAGAGAUGUUGUCAGAGUCACUCAGAAAGACAGGCGGGGGAGUUGGACUUUUCGCAGUUUGUUUCAAGUGUUUCCUCCACAAGAAUAAAAAAAAGUCUCAUUUUUUGAGUGGAACAUUUCUGCUCUGAUUCACCCGACUACCCAGACAACCGUUCAUCAUUUCAUUCUCUUCUCUGUUCUCUCUUUCCCAUGAGCAUUUAAGUUCCUGCAAACCAAAGCAUUUUUUUUUUUGACACAGCACUGCUUUUUUUCCUGCCAAGCUGUUGUUCUCAGAGGAUUUCAGCACCUGCUCGUGGGUCGUGCUGAAGAUGUUCAGCGACUUUCACAACCAAAGCUGUAGAGUUCACGAUUCACUGCUUUAAGAAGCCAAAUCACUGCUAGACUGAGUGAGGAAGCGUGUGAGGGGGGGAAAAAGAAAGAAAAUAUGACUAAACAAAUCAGCAAUGAAAGAUUUAGAGGGUAAUGGUACGUUGAGACAGGAAGUAUGUUGUUAUAUAAGGGACUGAAGAAAGAGUAAUGAACGUAAAUAAUGGGACGCGAGAGAAAAUUAGGAGAAAGGCAUAUGAAAGUAUGAAAGAAAGUCUCCAGUGAAGUCUUAUAGAAAGUAUAGAUUUUUUUUUUUUUGAGAGGUUUGGUGAUAUUUCAGGGCUGACCGUAACAGGUGUUGGCUGUUUUAUAGAUCGCUGUGUUGUGAGCUAGCUGGACGUUGCAUAAAAGCUUUCAAUCAUUUUGAACCAAUGUACCAAUUUUUAUUUUUAGAGUUAUUUUUAGUUUGUGUUUUGCAUCUUACUGUUUUGUUUAUUAUCCUUGAAACUUUGUUCUUAUUAUCUGCUAUUAUUAUUAUUAUUAUUAUUAUUAUAUUUAUUUAUUAUCUUACUGCUGCUACUGUUUACUUUAGAUGCUGCUCUCAGUGAUUAUAUUCCCCAAAGGAUGAAUCUUUAUUUUUUUUCUAAACCAAAUGCAUAAAACACUGCAAUGUCGACACAUUUACCAAAUACAAGAAUGAUUACCUGUAAAACGCAUGAUGUGGUUCAUUAAGAGACAUAGAGAAACCAAGCAAGGAAGUAAAUUGAGAAUCUAUAUAUAUACCUAUAUCUAUAUUUAUAUCUCAAUAGUUUGUUUUUGAAACUAUGGCACUAUGCCAACUCACAAGCGUCACCGUUCACUCUAAGCAACUAAUAAGAAUGACUUCCAGUUAUUUGUACAAAAUAAUAGACACCAGCUGGUAAUAUCUAUAUAUAUUUGAGCUAGAUUUCCCUUAUUACACCAUUAGCUGUGGGUCACGCAAGCAGAUAUGUUUGUAAUUGUCCUCCUGUGUCCGUCCUGUGGUGGAUGAAUUCAUGAGUUUUAUUCAUCACCUAAUCGGUUAUUAUUCACCUCGUUAAAUAUUUUGGCUGCUUCGAUUGUGUUAAUUUGACUAUGCAAUAACAACUAUUUAGUAAAAGAAUUCUGGAGAUUUUGCCCCAAAUUCAUCAGUUUGCAGAUUCUUUUGGAUCUGAUCAUGAUAGACAUUUUGGAAGUUUUCCACUGAAUUGGAUUGACAAAUUAAUCAAAAGAGCUAAUAAAACACAGGAAAUGUGUAAAAUCCUUUGUUUUUGUUUUUCUAACACUAUAUUUAACAAUGAGCUGUAACUAUUGCCCUCCCAAUAGUUUCUUCACUCCUUUCAGAUGCCAAAUAGAAUCUCUAACAGGACUCUUGCUGUCAACAUAACACUGGUUUCCUGUUUGGUGUUGAUAUUCAUCACAGAUACUGUGCGACCUGCCUGUCUGUCUGUCCGUCAUUCUCUCAGUAGACCUUAUAGAUAUGACCGCAGCAUUACACACCAAAGGCGUCAUCAAUAAAGCAAAUUCAAACCAGUGGCGUUGUUGUCAUUAGGAUGAUUAUUGUUAUACUAGAUGAUGCUGGAUUGUUAUUCUAAGGACCUCGAAUGAGGGAUAUACAGCUUCAUGUAUGUAAUUUCCUGCAAGACUGUGGGGGGUGAGGUACUGGAAAUGGCAUCUUAGUGCUAUGUUAUUUUUCAGUCCUUCACCCUUCACUGUUGGGGUUUUAUUUUGCUCACACACACACACACACGCCUAUGGAAGCUUGUUUAAUAAAAAUUGCAAUUGCAAAUUUAUAUCUCACAGAUAUAAACUCGCAAUUGUGAGAAAAAAGUCAGAAUUGCUAGAUGUAAACUCGCAAUUACAAGGAAAAAAAAAGUCAAAAUUGCGAGAUAUAAACUCUGCAAUUCUUACUUUUUCCCAGAAUUCCAAAUUCUUGGAAAAAAUCUGGAAAAUAAAAAAAGAAUUGAGAGAUUAAUUCGCAAUCUCAAGAAAUAAAGUUAGAAUUGAUAUAAAUUCACAGUUAUGAAAAAAAAGUCAGAAUUGCGAGAUAUAAACACAAAUACAGGAAAAAAGUCAGAAUUACGAGAAAUAAACACAAUUACAGGAAAAAAGUCAGAAUUACGAGAUAUAAACACAAAUACAGGAAAAAGAGUCAGAAUUGCGAGAUAUAAACAAUUACAGGGAAAAAAGUCAAUUGUGAGAAACACAAUUACAGGAAAAAAAGUCUGAAUUGUAAGGUAUAAACACAAUUUUAUUGGUUUGUUUUGCAAUUCUGACUUUAUUUAACGGGAAAAAAAAGGAACUAUGAGAGAUUAAUUUGCAAUUGCAAAAAAUAGAAUUGCGAGAAACUUUUAUAUUGUGAGAAUUUAUAUCUCACAAUUCGUACUUUAUAUUUCUCUGAAUUGCGAGUCAUAAACUUUGAAUUGUGAGAAAUGAAUUCUGACAUUUUUCAUGCAAUUGCAAGUUUAUAUCUCACAAUUCUGACUUUUUCUCACAAUUUUCACAGAAUUGCGAGAUAAGUUGCGAUUUACCUUUUUUUUUUUUUUUUUUUUUUUUUUUUUUUAAUUCCAUGGCAGAAACAAGCUUCCAUAGACACCUCUAAGGAAAAAUGAUCUGAGAUGCUGAUCCUUAUGGUUUAUGCUUGGUUUAAAGUGUACUUCCAUUCACUGUUUUCUGGCACUAUUUUAAUUUGUUUUUAAUUUGUAAUUAUUUUUUUAUUUGCUUUUAAUUGAAUCAAAGCAUCAGUUAUUUGUGUGUUUUAUUUUUUGAAAUAGGCGUUUCUGUGAAUAGGACAGAGAUACCGCACCCAUUUCUGGCGGUGGUAGUAGUUACACACCCCUGAACACCAAAUGAUGUUAACUAAACCAGUGCGUGCUGCUGUUUCAUUAGCAUUAUUGUUUAUCUCUCUCUCUCUCUGUGUAUGUGUAUCUGUGUGUGUGUGUGUGUGUGCGCGUGUGUUGCAGCAUCACUGUUAUUUUUGGAGUGUGUGCUCAGGCGUGUACUUUGCCGUCAUGUUGUAUGAGUCUUUAUUACUUUUUUAGAAUUGUCAUUAUUUUUUUUAAAUUAUCAUAAUAAUGCCCCAUCUGUAAUUAAACCAAAUACUCACUAUGCAGUCACUCAAAUCAAGUCCGUUUGCAUUUUCCCUCCUGAACUUCCUGUAUAUACACAACUACUGGAGUCUCUUUAUCUCUGUGACGAGCGAGUGAAUAUCACUUCCUCAGCUGGUGCGGAGAGAGAAUUUGUGAUCAAUAGAGAGAGUGUUUUUUUUUUUUUUUUUUUUUUUUCUUCAAUGAGCUGACAUAUUUAAGGAUUGUACUGGGAUGGGGUGGGUGGGGCGUGUUUGGGGUUGGUAGUUCGGAGAAAUAGUUUGUCAAGUGCUGUAAGUAUAUCAAUUGCAUGUUAUGAUCUCUGAAGUAACUGCCAUUGAUUUUACAUUUUGUUGUGGGGGGGGAGGGGAGACGAAUAUUUUCUUUAUUUAUGAUUUUUACAUAUAUAUCCUGUAUUUUUUUUCCCCCAAUACAUUGUGUUUUUAGAAAAAGACACACUUUUGCCUUUUUAUGUCUCCUGACUUAUUGAUCUUAAUAUGCAUUGUACAAUUUUUACUUGUAUCAUUGGCUGAUUUCAAGCCAUUAAUGAUAUUGUCAUUUGUAUUGAUUCUUGACCUUUUGUUUGUUUUUCUUCCAUGUUGUAUUUGUGUCUGUUGAUCUGUGAGUGCUAAGAGAGGUUUUAGCAAGACAUUGUGUCUUCAGCUGUUAGAAAACCAAAAGUCUAUUAUUUUGUAUCCGUUGUGGUCCUUUGUAACCGUUUUAUUUUUUUGAAUACGAUUACCAUUUUGUUUGCUCUUAUUAUUGUUAUACUAUUAUCUUCAGGGUUAAGAUCACACCAAAUUAAGAUGAGAAAAGUGGAACAGAUUGCGAGUUAUUGUUUCACCAAUGGUUCCUGGGAAUGUUGCAUCAAAGGUGUGUCUUUUUCUGUUGAAGCUAAGCAAUCAUUUAUUGCUCUGUUUUUCUUUUCUUUUUUCCCCCUCUUUUUUUUUUUUGUGUAGCUCAUUUUCUUUCCUCUAGAGCUGUUAUCACAGCUCUGUUUUGCUGUAUGGUUACAAUGUGUCUUUAUGUGGAAAUCUCACAAUUUUUAGCUGCUGUUGCACUGGAGGUUUUUAAAUUAUUAUUGUUAUUAUUAUUAAAAAUUGUCAUGAUGGAGUUUAGAACCAUGUAGUUCACCAAAUUCUAUUUGACUCUCAUAGAUGGAAUUUAGAAGUGUUUAAACCUGCUAAUUCUGUUUGAUGCGGCCGUUGACAAGCUGUUCAAGUCAAAAAGAACAGAUUUCCAUAAUGUACUUUAUUGAUGUUGGCAUCUUUAAACAGCUUGGAAAAUAUAUUGUAAAAAUUAGAAAUGCUUUGUGCCAACGACAAACUUAGACAUCCUUUCAUGUUUUCUGGUAUAUGGAUAUAUGAAAGUUAUAGAACAUAGAUAUUAUGAAGCAACAUUUUUAAUUUUUGGAAUUAGUUUGAUUUAAACUAAUAUUUGAUGUGGUAUUUUAAAAAUAAGACGCAACUACAACAGCUUGUCUUUUGUGAAUAUUGUUUGUUUUUUUUGUUUUUGUUUUUUUACUAUUUAUUAUGUUUUCUUUUUUUGGGUACCAAUAUUCGAAUGGAGCAGAAAUAUCCCAAACUGUUGUAUUGUAUUGAAAUACAGCCAUUACAGUUUUAUCAUCAUUUUGAUGCCCUCUUCCCCACGUUUUUGUUGUUUUCUCAUUUCAAAUGAAAGAAAUGCCAUUAUAUUGUGAAUACCUCAGGAUUUUUUUUUUCUUUUGGGAAAAAUUACAAAACUUUCAAAAACUUAAAACAAAUAAAAUACAAAAAAAGUG